AUGGCAGGCGAGGGUGUCACGGCCAUGAUCGUGGCUGCUGACGCCGGCGACAACCCGCUGGCGGACCGCCGCGAGGACCGGAAGGCGGCGGCAGAGCGGGAGAGGAAGGCCAAGGUGGCGAAGGUCGCCUCGCAGGCGACGAACGCGAUGGCGGCAGUGCGGGCGCAGCUCGAUUUGCGGGAGAAGGGGGCAGCAGACAAGGCGGCGAACAAAGCCAACGACGACGCGGGGGCGCCGGUGAGGGCGUCGUCUACGAUGCUCGAACGAGUGUUCGCUGCCCGCCUCGACGGGACGAGCGCGAAGGACCGAUUGCGGUGA